AUGAUUCACAAAUGACAAUACUUAUCCGUUUCUUGAUUCUCGUGUUCUUUCCAAUCCUGAUAGAAGCUGCAGCUAGUAUAUUAUCAACUGAUUGGAAUGGAGAACUUGGUUGCGAAGGAUCUCUCCAGGUUCUCCUGGAUACUGGGAGCAGGAUCAUUUACUCAGGAUCCAGAUCCAGACUAGAUGAUGAUGUGAAAAGUGUAGGAAAAGUUGGAACAUGUUGUUGGAAACUCUACAGGCUAACAUACUUUAAUGGACGAUAUAAAACCGUUGAGUUUGGUUCAAUACAAGUUCCUAUUCUUCAGAAAAUUCGGUCAAUUGAAAAAAUCCAAUGCACAACACUAAGGCAUGUUGGAGUUAAAACUGUCCGGCCCCCUACAAGCCAAGACAAUGUAAAAACAGAAUUCUCAGAAGAACGACCGGACAAGAUGUUUUCCAGGAAUGAAUUCCCAAACUCGCGGAUUUAUGAAUCAAGCCAAGAACAUCUCCCUGUACAUCCUCAACAUCUUGUACAGGCUGUACACUUGGUACAGUCGGCAUAUCCUGAUAAAUCCUCACAAUCUUUACAUAUCAUGCAUUCUAUGCAAUCUGCGUUCCCUGAAAAAAUUAAUUACAAGACUGUGUUUGAUAACUCAGUUAUGUCUGACAAAACUAAAACGACACUGGCUAAUUCAGAUAGCACAAGAGAGACGGAUUAUAAUAUCUCAGUUAUCUCUGGCAAUAACAAAAGUGAGCCGACGCUAGUUAACUCAGAAAUCUCUAAUACAGUUUCAAGUGAGCAUAAAAUCCCAGUUUUCAAUGAUAAAAUUUCAAUUGAAACGAAGGAUACGUUUAUUAUCUCUGAUGAAAUUUCAAGUGAUACAAAUGUAGAUAUCUCUAUAAUCUCUGAUAAAAUUACAAGUGAGACGAAUGUAGAUAUCUCCAAUACCUCGGAUGAAAUUACAAGUGAGACGAAUGUAGAUAUCUCCAAUACCUCGGAUGAAAUCUCAAAUGAGACGGAUCAUGAUAUCUCUGCUUUUCCUGACAAAGUUUCAAAUGAAAUAGAUGGUAAUGUUUCAAUUAUCUCAGAAGAAAUUACAAAUGAGACGGAUGUAGAAAUCUCAGAAAUAUCUGAUGAGAUCUCAAGUGAGAAUGAUUAUGAUAUCUCCUAUAUCUCUGAAGAAAUUGAGAAAGAUGUAGAUGUAGAAAAUAUAAACAUGAUGAAUUUAAAUAAUUCAGAUCUUUUUGACUCAGUUAUCUCUGAUAAAAUGAUAAAUAAGCCGAAAUUAGAUAUAUAUAGAUCCGUUCAAAGGUUAAAAAGUACACAGCCAUCAGAAAAUUCUGAGCUCUCAGGAAGCAAAAUAUUGAGUCCCGAAGAGACUAACAAAGUUAUUAAAAGUAGGAAAACAUUUCUGUCUAAAAACUACAGCAGAUCAAAACUCCCCAAUGUUAAUUAUUCCAUUGGGAAGAAUAAGUCAGAAAUAGAAAUCUUUCAAGAGAUCAGAGACACAUCUACAGAAAGAAAUAUUGAAUCUGAAAGUUUAACCCCAAAUCUUGUAUCUAAACCCUCUGAACUUUCUGAAACUGAUGAUGGUGUACUUUAUAACGAGCUGAAGACUAUUCCAGCAUUAGCUGAAGCAGGUGUUGAUGUUUACAAAGAAAAUACUAAAACUGAGUCUGCUGAACAUAAUGAUAAUUAUCAAGAGAAAGAUCCUUCAAAACAAAUUCCACUUGAAGGAUUGAAUUAUCCUAGAUCAGAACUAGAACUGGAACUCAAACAUGUCUAUGAUGAUCUUUUAUAUUCCGACUAUGUGUAUUCUGAGAAUUUGGCAGAAGCACUUCAAGAUGACCUAGAUUAUCUUGAAGAUGAUUUAGAAGAUGAUACUGAAAAUGAUACUGAAACUGAUACUGACGAUGACACUGAAUAUAAUACUGAAGAUGAUACUGAAGAUGAUACUGAAGAUGAUACUGAAGAUGGUACUGAAAAUGAUACUGAAGAUGAUACUGAAGAUGAUACUGAAGAUGAAUACGUGAAUUCAGAUCUGAACACGUUUCACCAGACAAGGGUGCAGGCUAACCUAAAUCACAUUACAAUGAAUUCAGACAUAAAAAUACUUGAAGUGCAACCGAUAUUUUCUCCGCAAGUUGAGACAGAGUUUAAUCAAAAGUCUCAGAAAACUGAUAACAGGCAAGCCUUACUCUCACAGCCAGACAUCAAUUUAAAUCAAAAACGAAAACUAAAAACAGAAAAUGUUCAACAUUUUGAAUAUUUUGAUAAUAAUGAAGAAGUUAAUGAUGAUAAGGGGGAAAUGAUCUGGGCGAGAUUUGCGAAUAUUAACAGAUCUGCAGCUGAGAAAACAAGCUCUAUUGAAGAAACAUAUUAUACUAAAAAGAAAGCUGUCCAUACAACUGGAUCCUCAUCAAUUCAUAUCAAUCAAAAUACUAAAAAUAAUUCAGAGAGAGAAAAUGAGCUUCAUGACUUGAGUCGCAAAGUAGUUAGUGACAAUACUGAAAACGAAGGGGUAGCGCUUGAUACCGCUAAUGGAUCAAAUCUUAUGAAAAUGAAUUUGAAACACAUCAGUCAGAAUACCAGUCAUCAUUUGAACUUCAGUAACAAAAACAUCAGUUCUAUUUAUGAUGACAGAAAUGACAGAAACAAAAAUGUUUAUUUAAAUGAUAAAACUCGAUUAUUGCACUUUGACCGUGAACAAUUAAAUAACAAACAUAGAAACAAGCAAAAAUAUCUUGUGACACAAUUACCCGAGAGCAUUGAGAGCAGAUAUAAAGACCUUGAAGAAAGACAAGAAAUUAAUGAAAAUACAAACGAAACUUCUAGAACAAGAUUACGAAUGGGGUUGAGAGAUGGAGAAAGGUCAAAGAAAACCAAAGAAAUCAACGAAAAGAAACACAAGAAACAUAAAGUGGACACUGAAAUUUCAGAUCUUUUGAGAUUGCCUAUUGACAAUAAUUCGGAAGUACGUGAACAGAAGGAAGUCAUGAUGAGACAAAACAAUGAAGAUCAAAACAAAAAACAUUUCCAUAACACUCAUACAGAACAUAAUGAACAUGAUAAACACCAUAAUGAAGAUCUUGAGAUUGAUCCUGUAGCUGAAGAUCCUGAAGAUUAUGUGUAUGAUGAGGAAAAAGAUGAAGUUGGAAGAGGACAUGCAGGAAGGAGCCUUGAAUGUGAAUAUUUAAGACGUGGACGAAUAUAUUUGUUGGAGAUAUUUAGCAGAUCAAACGAAGAAGAAUUUGAUUAUAAUGAUUCAAAUGAUCAUCAAGACUAUUCAAUUGAUCAUCAUGACUAUGAUUACAAAGAACAUAGUAAAACACUGGACUAUGAUAACAAAGAUCAUAUUAAAACACAUGACAAUGAUAACAAAGAUCUGAAUGAUAUACCGACUAAUAUGAAGAUAUUGAAUCAGAUCAAAUCGUCAAGGAUCAAGAAGCUUGAAAACCCCUUUGGUAGAACCGAUAUUAUUAAAGAUGACUCCCUGGAAAUGAAUAGAAGAGAUGUUAAUGAGGAGCAGUUAGGGGUUGAUUCACUUGAGAAACAUGAUCCUCUUGAUCUUGUCCAAAUGAUGGCAUUAAAAAGACAUAUUGCUGUUGCAAAAUCUCAUUCAACGUCCAAUCUUGAUUUAAGACAUAAUUCUCAGAUAUUUAUGAUUUUUAUUUUCAUUCUUUAUGCUUAAUGUAUUUAUAUUUAUUUACAUUUUACAUAUGUCUGUAUUUUUCUAACUUGUUCUAUUUAAUAACUGUUUAAUAUUAUUGUGCUAAAAAUUACAAUUGCAAUAAUAUUUUUCUGCAAAAUGUAUCAAAUGUUCAUCUCUACAUUUUAUGGAGCAAUGGACACUCAUUUCGUAAAAAAAGAAUUGCAUUUUACAUUCUCGAUGAAAACAUAUUUUAAAUAUCUUAAUGCAAACAACAUUUUUUGCU